UUUGCGCCGUCUGAAGCUUUCCGCGGCUGCAGCCGCUGCAGCACUGACACAGUUCGCCGUACUGGGAAGCUGGGAAAGUGGGAGGGAGUCGACGCAUGUCGCGAUCCACAUCAAAGACUUUCCCAUCUUCCAAGCCAUUAUGGCUACCCCGUCUGGUCUCUUGCUAUCGUUAGAUCCGACUCGCUCAGAUAAUUGGACAGAAUCGUCGACAUCGGUAUGGACGAUAUCGUUAGUUUACCAUAGCCAAGAAAGGACAAUAGAAUAAUUGAAAGCUUUAUAUUAAAUGACAGCAGCUGUAGUAAUGACGUUUCUGUGUUAUUGUUUAUCAUACAGAUUUCUUUCGAUUUAUUAUUUCUAUAGUUGUAGUGUAAUGGCCUGGCGAAUGCGCCUUGAAUGAGAUGGACAUUUAGCAGGUUUACCUCCAAAACAGUUUCUAAUGGGGUAUUGGGGAUUCAGGCAUGUUCAAGUGUUUCUUCAAUUCACUGGCCUUCUGAUGGCGUUCGCAAUGCGAAUAAACAUGAGUAUGGCAAUAAUCGCAAUGACAGUUGAGAAAUCAUUUGCUUGGAAAAUGCAAACUCAAAGCGUGAUACUUUCUUCUUUCCUUUGGGGAUACGUUGUACUCCAAAUUCCAAGCGGCGUGCUAGCGGCCAGAUAUGGAGGAAAAAUUCUCCUGGCAUCGUGCAUUGCUGUCAAUUCUGCAGCGUGUCUUUUAAUACCUUUUGUAGCAUACGAGACAGGUUGGAAAGGACUCUGCGUUUUGCGUGUCUUGCAAGGUCUUUCUCAAGGCUUUAUAUUUCCAGCCACACAUUAUCUUGUUAGUAAAUGGGUUCCCGUUGAGGAAAAAGGACGAUGUGUAUCCUUUAUUUAUUCAGGGUCCUAUCUUGGGAUGGGCUUGCAGCUGUUGGCUUCUGGCUUUAUAAUUGAUAUAUGGGAUUGGCCAGCAAUCUUUUAUUCCAAUGGUUUAUUGGGCAUUAUUUGGUUCCUUUGUUAUGUGUAUUUUGGAGCCGAUUGUCCACAGAAGUCAAAAAUGAUUAGUCCGGAAGAAAGACAAUUAAUACAAACUUCAUUGGGACAAGUUGGCAAUCAAAAGGCUUUGAAAACCCCGUGGAAAGCGAUACUCACAAGUGUGCCGUUUCAUGCUCUGCUGACAAUGCACUGUGGGAAUAACUGGGGCUAUUGGACACUAAUAACACAACUACCUUCGUAUAUGGGCCAAGCACUCAAUAUUCAUAUAAAAAAGAAUGGUGUGGUAUCAUCUAUUCCCUACUUCACAACAUACGUUUUAAGCUUUGUAUUUGGCUUUGCUUCGGAUUAUGCUCUUAAACGCAAAUGGUGUAGCAUCGGCACUUGCAGAAAAGUGUGCAAUUCUGUUGGUGAAUUUGGUCCAGCCAUAAUGCUAAUAGUUCUGUGUCAAGUGCCACCAGGUCAUCCGCAUGCGUGUAUAUUUUUGCUCGCGUUCGUGGUCGGACUUAAUGCGGGAAAUUUGUCGGGUUUUAUGAUCACGCACAUCGAUAUGGCUCCAAACUUCGCUGGCCCUCUCAUGGGGGUGACCAACUGCGUCGCCAACUUCGUAGGACUCAUAGCACCCCUGGUGGCCGGACUUAUACUGGAAGAUGAGAAAGACCCCAACCAGUGGCACAUGGUGUUUUACUUGGCUUCAGCUGUAUACAUCGUCACGAAUGUGAUAUUCAUCAUAUUUGCUAGCAACGUAGAGCAGCCCUGGAACAAACCUCCUCAAGACAUUUCAUAGUGUAUGUAAUUAUUUUAUGAUAGCUUAACUGUAUUGGAUCACCUGUGCAGCAUGUUUGCAAAGUUUAAAGAAUGAUCUGGGCAAAUAUUCUUUUGCAAGAGUUGAAUAAAAUGAAUAAUAAAAUUCAUUAUCACAAGUUACGCUGGGGGUAUUGUUAGACGACCAACAAUGUGUCUGCAUCGCUUGCGAAACAAAUUACCGUUGCAAUAAGCACUGGUAUAAUAUCCACCAUCUCCUGUCUAAAAACAAAUGAUCAAUAAUAUCUCUAGAAAAAAUAAUUGUAUUUAUAUAUAAUGUCGGGAUCCUUUGUAAGUAUCAACGCAAUAAUAAACGUUUUGUA